ACGGCUGUCUUAAGGAACAUGCAUGUCUUCCUCUUUCGGCAUGCAGGCGGCCGUAUGAUCACCUAGGGUGCUAGGUAGGUUAGUGAGUCACUGUUCAGCUAAGAUUUCGCGCUAUAUAUUCCCGGGGUAUGAAUCUUCAACGGAGUAGAUGUUAGUUGUAUCAAAAUUUUAUUCCAACUUACCUAGACCGUAUAUUUCGGGCAAGCGAGGUAACUUGUCAUUUCUUCACCUGUGAUAAGGCUUAUUACUCGCUCGCAAUGUCUGCUCAACCAAAGAUCGCCGUUAAGACACGCUUACCAACCACCCCGUUUCCUCUCAAUACAGAGAGGAAACCCAUUCGUACGGAACGACUUAUCAUCCGCCCAUUUUCUGAGGAUGACCUUGAUGGUAUUCAUUCCCUCCGUACUCAACCGGAAGUUAUGAAGUAUACAGCAGUUGGGCGGAUCGACGCCAACAAGGAGGAAACCGGUGUAUUCAUGGCUCGCUUUAUGCCGCCCAACGACGUUCAGACAUAUAACAACAUAAUUACUCUCGCAUCGACGGGCGAGCUGAUUGGAGUAGGAGGAGGUACAUCUAGACCGGAGUCCGUCUUCGGCUGGCCUGAGAUCGGAUACUUGUUCAAAAAAGAGUAUUGGGGGCAAGGCUAUGCUACGGAGUUCCUCAAGGCUUGGUUAAACGAUUGGUGGACACUGCCACGGUCCGAGAUUGAGACACAGGUCGAUGGGCAGUCGGUAAAUGGAGUCGGGGAGGUACCGGAAAUGAUCACGGCGUUUAUUGAAGAGUCCAAUACAGGAAGUCGACGCGUCCUUGAGAAGGCUGGCUUCCGGGAGUUUAAGCAAUGGAGUGAGCCUGAUUCUCGUGAUGGGUAUGGGAGACAAGUGACUCUUGUCGGAUUUGUCUUAUCAUCUCCCGACUCGAAGAGCUAGCGUCCAAAGCAGCUAGGCUUCCCGGACGGCCGCUAGGGUAGACCGAGAUUUCCAGUGGCGGGUGAUGGUUAAAGUUGGAACGGGUCGGUAGAGAAUGGCAUGUCGAUAUUAUACAACAUUCCAAUGAUAGGCUUCUGUUAGAACCACUUGGUUGAUAUCUACUUAGAUACCUAA